UCCCAUCAGCCAACGCGCUUGCGCUCUCCUUCAAUGCAAGCACAGUGUGUCUCGAGUAAGAAAGCUAACAGUGUGGAUCUAAGCAGCUAGUCGAUCACAAUGUCUGUUCAGGUAGCAACGAAAAUGGCCGAGGUCGAGCUGAAAGACGUGGGCAAGGAUAAACUUACUGUAAAGGAGGCUACCAAGUCGACAAGUGGCAAUCUGAUUUUGGCUUCUCCAGUGGCCUCUGUGGAUGAAAAGAAGCCGGUGGACAGUAGUCCCCAGUCAGUUAAUGCCCCGGUGGUGGUGACUCCAUUCCCACCAGCAACGACAGUGCCCUCAGUAAACGUAAUCCCUGCAAUGGCAGUAACGGCAGCGGCGCGAGAUGAGGUGGCAGUAGCCGGUGGCGAGCCUGUUCUUGCCCCAGCCCCAAGCAGCAUGAAAUUGCCCCAGGCGUCUGCUAUGAAACGUUCUGACCCAAUGCAGCAACAGCAGCGCCACACUGGCAACGACAGCAUCGUCAGUCCGGAUGGCAUGGUGUGUGAGGCUCCCCGAACUGUGAAAAAGCAGAUUCAGUUUGCAGACCAGAAGCAAGAGUUUAACAAACGACCAAGUAAGAUCGGCCGCCGUUCACUGUCAAGAUCCAUAUCUCAGUCCUCUACAGACAGCUAUAGUUCAGCUGCAUCUUAUACUGAUAGUUCUGAUGAUGAAACCUCCCCACGUGACAAGCUGCAGAAAAAUUCUAAAGGCAACAGUGAUUUCUGUGUAAAAAAUAUCAAACAGGCAGAGUUUGGACGCAGGGAAAUAGAAAUUGCAGAACAGGAAAUGCCAGCCCUGAUGGCUCUGAGAAAGCGUGCUCAGGGAGAAAAACCACUAGCAGGGGCAAAGAUUGUGGGCUGUACGCAUAUUACAGCACAAACUGCAGUACUCGUAGAGACCCUUUCGGCAUUGGGUGCUCAGUGUCGGUGGGCUGCUUGUAAUAUAUACUCCACUCUUAAUGAAGUAGCUGCAGCUUUGGCUGAAGGCGGAUUCCCUGUGUUUGCCUGGAAAGGAGAAUCAGAAGAUGACUUCUGGUGGUGCAUUGACCGUUGUGUAAAUGUAGAGGGAUGGCAACCUAACAUGAUCUUGGAUGAUGGAGGUGACCUCACUCAUUGGAUUUACAAAAAAUACCCUAAUAUGUUUAAGAAAAUAAAGGGUAUUGUUGAAGAAAGUGUCACCGGAGUGCAUAGGUUAUACCAGUUAUCAAAAGCAGGAAAGCUGUGUGUCCCAGCCAUGAAUGUAAAUGAUUCGGUCACUAAACAGAAGUUUGACAAUCUGUAUUGUUGUAGAGAGUCCAUUCUUGAUGGCCUGAAGAGGACAACAGAUAUGAUGUUUGGUGGAAAACAAGUUGUGGUCUGUGGAUAUGGAGAGGUUGGAAAAGGCUGUUGUGCUGCCCUAAAAGCCAUGGGAUCUAUAGUGUACGUUACAGAGAUAGACCCCAUCUGUGCUCUACAAGCCUGCAUGGAUGGGUUUCGCCUGGUGAAGCUUAAUGAAGUUAUUAGACAAGUUGAUAUUGUUAUCACCUGCACAGGAAAUAAGAAUGUUGUAACAAGGGAGCAUUUGGACCGAAUGAAGAAUGGCUGUAUUGUCUGUAACAUGGGACAUUCCAAUACUGAAAUUGAUGUGGCAAGCCUGAGAACUCCUGAGUUGACAUGGGAACGUGUAAGGUCACAGGUGGAUCAUGUGAUCUGGCCAGAUGGAAAGAGGAUUGUGCUGCUUGCAGAGGGGCGUCUGUUGAAUUUGAGCUGCUCCACUGUUCCAACCUUUGUGUUAUCAAUCACCGCUACCACUCAGGCCUUGGCUCUGAUUGAGCUCUACAAUGCUCCAGAGGGACGAUACAAGCAGGAUGUCUAUUUGCUUCCUAAGAAAAUGGAUGAGUAUGUUGCAAGUCUUCAUCUUCCAACAUUUGAUGCACAUCUAACAGAGCUCACAGAUGAACAAGCAAAAUAUCUGGGCUUGAAUAAAAAUGGUCCCUUUAAGCCAAACUACUACAGGUAUUAAUGGACAUAGAAACCUUAAAGGAACAAGAUCUCAAGCUUUUCACAAUUACUGUAACAAAAAAAAAAAAAAAAAAAAAAUUAGCCUUUUGAUUUUGAGCUGGAACUGCUAAUACCAUUGACAACAUAUUAGACUAAUUUAUUUAUUAAAUAUCAAAUACUGUAUGUGUAAUCUGUGCCGAUGGGAUUUUUACUGCCAGAAGAGGCAGCUGGAAACUUAUUGGGGGUUCUCAGUCAUAUUUGCACCAAUUAUAUCGUCACUUGCGAGUAAUCAGUAUGAGAGAAUUGUAAUGAGACUGAUUGUAAAAGUGUGUUAUGACAUUUUAUGAUACAUGCAGUUUUAGUCUUUCUGUUUACAAUUUUUCCUGUUUUGAUAGAGCUGUACAUGUGAAAUGUAAAUCAGAUUAGAAGUUUUCACACCA